CCAAAUUCUCUCGCCACAUCUCUUCUGUAAAUCGCCAAAAAAAAGUUCUUUUUUUCCCUCCUCCUCCUCCUCCUCCGCUUCGAUUCGCCAGCCGUCCGGCGAGCCAGCCCUAGGCCCUUCUUCUCCGGCGAGCUCGCCUCAGCUUCCGGUCGCGCUUCCCCGGCGGGCGGUGGGCAGCGGCCCGCUACGGGUGUGUGUACCGCGCCUGGAGCUCGCGAAUUUCCGUGUCGGUCGUCGUCCGCGCGCGCCGCUGAAAGCACGCGGUUCCGCCGUCCGCGGAGUUCGCGAGAGCGAGGGUGAGUGCGUGUGGACGGGACCGUGAAAUUCGCGGGAUUCGCAUUGCCUUCGAGCGGGGACCGUGCAAAGUCCGGAUUUUUUUUCCAACUUAAGUAAGGGUCGGUUCUAGUUGACGAUGGAUUUAGGUGAGGGAGGCGGGCGCCGUUUUGUUCCCGGUUGACUUUUGGGGGAAGUCGUCGCUACUGGACUUUGGAAAAAUGAAGAAAAAAGAAGAUGAAGUUGAAGAUAUUCGAAUUACUUCUAGUGAUUCUUUUAUUGGUUCAGAUGAUGAUGAAUCAUCGGCAUCAGAGCAAGAUGUUAACCUACAUCCUGAGGAGCCUUUGACUGAACAGGAAAUAGAGGAACUUGUCAAUGAGUAUUUAGAAGUUGAGAGCAAGGCUGCUGAGGCCCAAGAAGCACUUGAGAAGGAAUCGCUUGCCAGAUUGGAGGAUGAAGUUAGAGCAGAGCUCGCUCAAACUUAUGUUGGGGAUGAUUUGGAGAAGGCUGUUGCAGAUGAAUUGGAUACAUAUCUGGAAGAGUGGGAAGCUCAACUUGAUGAGCUUGAGACCGAGAGUGCUCACUUAUUGGAACAACUUGAUGGUGCUGGUGUUGAGUUACCAAGUCUGUUUAAAUGGAUCGAGAGUCAGGCUCCCAAUAGUUGUUGUACUGAAGCAUGGAAAAGGAGGGCUCAUUGGGUUGGUUCACAGGUUACCAGUGAAAUUACCGAGUCAGUAGUUGAGGCCGAGAAGCACCUUCAGACAGUUAGGCCUAUAAGGAGGCGGCAUGGUAGGGUACUGGAGGAGGGAGCUAGUGGAUUUCUGCAGAAAAAGCUUGCUAGCGAUGAAAUAAAAGAUAGUGUUUCGAGUGAAUCUGCAGUUGACUGGGGCACUUUUAAUAAGAUGUUUGCCGAUGGUGCAUCUAAUGAUGCUACUUCAUUUGGUAGCAAGAACUGGGCUUCUGUUUAUUUGGCAAGCACUCCACAGCAAGCAGCCCAGUUGGGAAUAAAGUUUCCUGGUGUUGAUGAGGUUGAGGAGAUUGACGACAUUGAUGGCAGUUCCAGUGAUCCAUUUUUGGCAGAUGCAAUAGCAAAUGAAAGAGAACUAGUUCUUUCUGAAGAACAAAAGCAGAACUUCAGAAAGGUGAAAGAGGAGGAUGAUGCAAAUUUUGAUAGAAAGCUUCAACGUCACUUGAAGCAAAAGAGACAAAGGAGGAGAUGCAGGAAGACUGUUGAGAAAGAAUAUAUGGCUGAUCAAGAUGCCAGCUCGGAUGUGCAAAAUGUGUUGAACAAGACAGCUUUUGAAAAUGGUGAAAUGAUCGCUGAUGAUGGUGUUAUUGAUCAAAAUUCGAAGAAUGAGAUGUGUGAAGGCCAUGGAACUGAUAAUCAGGGAAGGCAAAUAGCUAAUGGCUUGACUUCAUUACUUUCGGAAACUGCUUUCCCUGAUUCUAAUGAGGAGAUAAACAUUAGUAACAAGAGAGGUCGGACAGUUGGUAUAGACAGUGAUGAUGAAGCCCAGCCAGUAGAUGAUUCACUCCAUUGUGUCGCUAAAAAUGAGCAAUCUAUUUUGAAGGAUUCAGGAGACACUGCUGUUUACUCUAACAGGAAAUUACAUUGUACAGCUUGUGGUAAAGUGGCUGGUGAGGUGCAUGCACACCCUCUGCUGAAAGUUAUCAUAUGCAAUAAUUGUAAAUAUACGGUGGAAGAAAAGAUGCAUGUGAAGGACACUGAUUGCUCUGAGUGUUAUUGUGGAUGGUGUGGACGAAGCAGUGACUUAUUAAGGUGUAGAUCUUGCAAAAUGUUAUUUUGUGCCAGUUGCAUUGAAAGGAACUUUGGUGAAGAAUACUUAUCCAAGGUUCAGGCCUCUGGUUGGAACUGCUUCUGCUGCUCUCCAAGUAUCUUGCAUAAAAUGAAGUUGGCAUUGGAUGAAGCCAUGAAAUCUGGGGUUUCAGCGGUUUCUAGCUCUGAUACUGAUUCUGAUACUUCAGAUUCAGACGUCAAUAUUCCAAUCAGGGCGAAGAGAAAGCGUAAAAAGAAAAUUCGCAGAAUACUUGAUGAUGCUGAACUUGGUGAAGAGACCAAGAGGAAAAUUGCAAUAGAGAAGGAACGUCAAGAACGUUUGAGGUCUUUGCAAAUUCAAUUUUCUGCGAAAUCCAAUAUGCUGAAUUCUCCAAGUCGUUCAUUUAGCUUGUCAGAGGGUGCUGCUAUUGAUGUGCUUGGUGACACCUCCACGGGUUACAUAGUGAAUGUGGUGAGAGAAAAGAGUGAAGAAGCUGUGAGGAUUCCACCAAGCAUUUCAUCAAAGUUGAAAGCUCAUCAGAUUGCAGGGAUUAGGUUUAUGUGGGAAAAUAUCAUACAGUCAGUUAGAAGAGUAAGGUCUGGGGAUAAAGGCCUUGGUUGCAUCCUAGCUCACACCAUGGGUCUUGGUAAAACAUUUCAGGUCAUAGCAUUUCUUUACACUGCUAUGAGAGUUGUUGAGUUGGGACUCAAAACUGCUCUUAUCGUAACGCCUGUGAAUGUGCUCCAUAAUUGGCGGCGUGAGUUUGUUAAGUGGACGCCUUCAGAAUAUAAGCCUCUUCGAGUCUAUAUGCUGGAAGAUGUAUCAAGAGACAGAAGAGCUGAAUUGCUUGCAAAAUGGAGGGCUAAAGGUGGCAUCUUUUUGAUAAGCUACACUACUUUUCGCAACUUAUCCUUUGGUAAAAAUGUAAAGGACAGGAACGUGGCUAGAGAUAUUAUUUGUGCUCUGCAGGAUGGACCUGAUAUACUUGUUUGUGAUGAAGCCCAUAUCAUUAAGAAUACUCAAGCUGAUACAACGCAAGCCUUAAAACAAGUUAAGUGCCAGAGACGGAUUGCUUUAACAGGGUCGCCUCUACAGAACAAUCUAAUGGAAUAUUAUUGUAUGGUUGAUUUUGUGAGAGAAGGUUUUCUUGGGAGCAGCCAUGAAUUUAGGAAUCGCUACCAAAAUCCUAUAGUGAAUGGUCAACACGCCAAUUCGACCUCGGAGGAUGUGAAAAUAAUGAAUCAGCGAUCUCAUAUUCUGUAUGAACAAUUGAAAGGUUUUGUCCAGAGAAUGGACAUGAAUGUGGUGAAGAAGGAUUUGCCACCUAAAACUGUAUUUGUCAUUGCUGUUAAGCUUUCUCCUUUGCAACGGAAAUUAUACAGACAGUUCCUGGAUGUGCAUGGCUUUACAACUGGCAAGCUCUAUGAUGAAAAGAUGCCAAAGAGAAGUUUUUUUGCAGGAUACCAGGCCUUGGCUCAGAUAUGGAACCAUCCAGGUAUAUUGCAACUGAAGAAGGAAGACCGUGAACAUGUGAGACAUGAAGAGACUACGGAGAAUUUUGGAGAUGACAGCUCAAGUGAUGAAAAUAUAGAAUACAAUAUAGCCAAUGGAGUGAAAGCAAGCAGUGGAGAUGAUUUACUCAGGGGAAAAAUUCAGAAUGGCUUUUUACACAAGGACUGGUGGAAUGAUCUUCUUCAAGAAAAUGAUUUUAAAGAGCUUGAUUAUAGUGGCAAAAUGGUUCUGCUGCUCGACAUUUUAAUUAUGAGCUCAGAUGUUGGUGAUAAGACAUUGGUUUUUAGCCAGAGUAUUCCUACUCUUGAUCUUAUUGAAUUCUAUCUUUCAAAGUUACCUAGACAGGAUAAACGCGGCAAGUUCUGGAAGAAGGGAAAAGAUUGGUACAGGCUUGACGGAAGAACUGAGAGCUCUGAAAGGCAAAAGUUAGUGGAGAGCUUCAAUGAACCCCAGAAUGGAAGGGUCAAAUGCACUCUGAUUUCAACGAGAGCAGGCUCUCUGGGAAUUAAUCUGCACGCUGCUAACCGUGUUGUUAUUGUCGAUGGUUCAUGGAAUCCCACAUAUGAUCUGCAGGCUAUAUAUCGAGCUUGGAGAUAUGGCCAAACAAAGCCUGUUUUUGCCUAUCGAUUAAUGGCACAGGGUACCAUGGAAGAGAAAAUUUACAAGCGUCAGGUAACAAAGGAGGGCCUAGCUGCAAGGGUGGUGGAUAGACAACAAGUACAUAGGACUAUAUCCAAAGAGGAGAUGUUGCAUCUUUUUGAAUUUGGCGAUGACGAUAACCCAGAAAUGUCGACUGAGCUGCGUCAACAAGCAGGGGAUGCUAUCAAGCUGGGUACAGCCUAUCCAGUUGGAGAUUUCCUGAAGCAGAGGUCUUCUUCCUGUGGAAGCUGCUCCUCUGACAGAAUAAUGGAUAGUCUACUUCGUGAGCAUCACCCGAGGUGGAUUACCAAUUACCAUGAACAUGAGACCCUUUUGCAAGAGAACGAAGAGGAGAAACUUUCUAAGGAGGAGCAAGAUAGGGCUUGGGAGGUACAUCGGAAAACAUUGGAAUGGGAGGAAGUACAGCGCAUUCCUGUUGGGGAUGUUUUUGCAACUGAUAAGCCUGUCGCAGCUCGCUUGCUGUCUUCUCCUGGCAAGACCACUGGCUUGUCACAAAACAAAGGUAGAAUAAGGAGUCACAUUGUGCAGCGAAAAUGCACUAAUCUGUCACAUUUGCUGACCCUUAGAAGUCAGGGCACAAAAAUUGGCUGCAGUACCAUUUGUGGAGAGUGUGCACAAGAAAUAAGCAGGGAAGCAUUGGACAGGGAUUGUAAACAGGCCAGAUGAUGGCAUUUUCUCGAGUUGUUAAAGUCUGCCAAAUUUAAAUUUCAGUAGCUGUCGGUUUCGGCAAGUUGCAGUAGUAGUUGUAGAUAUCAGCUGCCAGCUUCCCGCCAAUUAUACUGUUUUUUUUUUUUUUUGUGGUUACCAGAAGCUAAAGAAGAGGGCUAAUUUGUAAAUUGCUUCUCAUUCUAGAUCUCUAUACGGUGCGGAAGUAGGCCUUUUGUAAAGGAUAGGUGGAUCAUCCAUUUCGACAGAUUUUGUGUGAUAGACAGUUUAUAAUGCUCUCGCAAAUUUUUGAUCGGCGUGGUUCCUCAUAAUGUAAACCUUAUUUUUAUUUGGGUUUCAUUUUAUGAGCAGGAGGAAUGCGAAACUUGGUAUUACUCAA